CCGAUCAACCAGAUUCUCCCCGAACGUCCCGUUCCCGCCGAUGACUUGAGUGGCAGCGCCAGCGAGCGGCACUGCGCAAGCGCGAAGUGCAUCACGGUCGUGGGGCCGAUUAGGCGCAUGCGUCCUUUCGCUAUGGUGGGCGGGGCCGUGCUCUCCGAGGGCGUUGGAAAAGCUGCGCAUGCGUCGUGCGACGGCGGCGCUCUGGGUAGUGAUGCAGUGCGCGUGCGUAGUGAGAGCUGUUCCCACUCGUCCGGCCGGUGUGGGGCGGGACUUCCGGUGCCGCUCCGGAAGGGCCGGGUGGGGCGGUGCCCGCUCCGCGCCGUGCCCGCGGGGAUGCCGUACUGGGGCGCGGACGAUGCGGUGGCGGAGCUGCGCCGAGCCCUGUCCAACCGCCACGCGCAGGCCGACCGGCUGCGCUACCGCAACGUGCUGCUGCGCGUGAUCCGGCGCAUGACCCAAGGCGUGGACGUGUCCGGGGUGUUCAUGGAGAUGGUGAAGGCCGGUGCCACGGGGGACAUCGUGCAGAAGAAGCUGGUCUACCUGUACAUGUGCACGUACGCCUCUCUGCAGCCCGGCCUCGCGCUGCUGGCCAUCAACACCCUGUGCAAGGACUGCUCCGACCCCAACCCCAUGGUCAGAGGCCUCGCCCUCCGCAGCAUGUGCAGCCUCAGGAUGCCUGGCAUACAGGAGUACAUCCAGCAGCCCGUUCUGAAUGGUCUGCGAGACAAAGCGUCCUAUGUGAGGAGAGUAGCUGUUCUUGGCUGUGCAAAGAUGCAGAAACUCCAAGGUGACACCGAAGUGGAUGGCGUGCUGGUGAAUGAGCUGUACAGUUUGCUUCGUGACCAGGAUCCCAUUGUAGUGGUGAAUUGUCUGAGGGCUCUAGAAGAGAUUCUGAGGCGGGAAGGAGGAGUUGUCAUCAACAAGCCCAUAGCCCAUCACCUUCUCAAAAGAAUGUCUGACUUAGACCAGUGGGGACAGAGUGAGGUGCUGACCUUCCUGCUGCGCUACAAACCCCGCAGUGAAGAAGAACUCUUCGACAUCCUCAGCUUACUAGAUGGGUCCCUCAAGAGCAGCAGCUCCAGUGUUGUGAUGGCAGCCACCAAACUCUUUCUGGUGUUGGCCGAGGACUUCCCACAGGUACAGACAGAUGUACUAGUUAGAGUGAAGGGGCCACUGCUGGCGGCCUGCACCUCCGAGAGCCGGGAGCUCUGCUUCGCUGCCCUGUGUCAUGUGCGCCAGAUCCUGGGAAGCCUGCCUGGCCACUUCAGCAGCCAUUACAAGAAGUUUUUCUGUUCCUACUCGGAGCCCCAUUACAUUAAAUGUCAGAAGAUGGAAGUGCUGUGUGAGCUAGUGAAUGAUGAGAAUGUGCAGCAGGUGCUGGACGAGCUGAAGAGUUACUGCACUGAUGUGUCAGCCGAGCUUGCCCAGAGGGCGAUCUUCGCCAUAGGCAGCAUUGCCAGGACGUACACAGAGCAGUGUGUGGGGAUUCUAACCGAGCUCCUAGGGCUUAAGCAAGAACAUAUCACUUCAGCUGUGGUGCAGGCUUUCCGGGACCUGGUGUGGCUUUGUCCCCAGUGCACUGAGGCUGUGUGCCAGGCUCUGCCCAGCUGUGAGGAGGCCAUGCAGGACAGCGAGGGCAAGCAAGCGCUGAUCUGGCUCCUGGGAGUGCAUGGGGAGAGAGUUCCCAAUGCUCCCUAUGUUUUGGAGGACUUUGUAGAGAAUGUGAGAUCGGAGACGUUUCCAGCAGUGAAGAUGGAGUUGCUGACAGCUUUGGUCCGACUCUUCCUGUUUCGUCCUGCCGAAUGCCAGGACAUACUCGGGCGACUGCUCUAUUACUGCAUAGAGGAAGAGACUGAUAUGGUGGUACGGGACCGGGGGCUGUUCUACUAUCGUCUCUUACAAGCCGGCGUGGAAGAAGCGAAGCAGGUGCUGUGCAGCCCCAAGUCUGAUCCCUCUCUGGGACUCCUGGAGGAUCAGGCUGAGCGACCUGUGAACAAAUGGGCUUCAGAGUUUAACACGUUGGUGCCCAUAUAUGGGAAAGCACGCUGGGCAGUUAUCACUGCUAACUGGGCAACGGAGCUGCGCUACGGGGGCUUUCCCUUUGCUGCUCCCAUGACUGCAGGAACAGAGUCACUGAUUUCAGAAGGGAAUAAGGAAGUUCUCCAGGUUCAUUCCGACUCGGCUGGCUUGACUUUAAUCCCCAAGGCAAACCUGACUGCAGAGCAGUUUGAGAAGACCUGGCUGAGUCUGGAUGUGAACUGCCAGCAGGCUCUGCCCUGGCAUGGAGCUGCUCACCCAGACACCAUACAGACUGCACUUCAGGUUGUCCACAUCCAGACUAUUGCUAUGAGCAAAGCUGGUGCCCAGCCAUGGAAGGCCUAUCUCAGUGCCCAGGAUGAGUCUGGCUGUCUCUUCUUAACAGAACUGCUGCUUGAGUCCGGGAACUCAGAGAUGCAGGUUUCAGUGAAGCAGAGUGAGGAGAGCACUGAGGCACUGCAACACUUUAUCUCAGUGUUAAGAACUGUAAUGGGGACAGUCCUAGGGCUGAAAUCCUGAUUCCUCUAAGCCCUGCUCGGAGCAGGCUCACUCAGGGUGUAGGGAAGAUCUUUUCUACGGCUCAGUGUGGUGUUACUGAAGUUAAAUUGCUCUUCUUCUAAACUGUUUGUAAGACCCUUGAACAGCCCCUGAUCUGCCUUAGAGCUGCCAUUAGUGCCAGUGGGAAAAGAGUGUGGCCCAGGGGCAGCAUAUGGUGUGAGUGUAGCUAGUUUCUUCACAUACUGCAUUAUAACAGGUGCAUGGGAAAGAUUCAGAAUCCAUCAAGGUCUCGCAGCUCCGAAGGCUGGGGGAUGGAUCAUCAGUCUGGUGCUUAGGAUAUGGUCAGUGAAACAGGAGCAACUCCAGUGCUACUUACAUGAGUAAAAGAGAGAUUUAAAUAUUGGAGUCAGAUCUCUCUAGAGAGGACUGGGAAUGGAGUGAGCUGAUAGCCGAAUAGGAAUUGGGACUGUGAGUAGUUCUUCUUCAGGACCAGAAACAAACAAACAAGUCGGGGUGGGCACAGCCCCAGGUUUAGUUAGAAUUGUGGGUAACCAGUUAAAAGCAUUUUUGAGGGGGAGAGCACCCGUUUUCUAAAAAUCAGGAUUUUUUAUUUAUAAAACCCGAAUGUAUUUUCUAACCGAAAUACAUCAUUGCAGAGGAAUAAUUUGCCUCUGUGAAUUCCCACCUCAGCUUUUAGGUUCUGUGUUGAUGGAACUAUAGGAACACCCAAGAUUGAGUGAGUUAUCCUAAGGCCACGGUGGGCAUGAAUUAAUACGGCACAGCCUGACUAGUCACUAGGCUAGCUGACUCUUCACUGCUCAUGCUGAUCUUUGCACCAUUGCAGUUGACAUAGCUAACCUAUAUCUUUACAAGACGAAUAUUUUGUUUUCGUUUUUUUAACAAAGUUUUACCCAAACUUGUUGCUUUUUAAGCAAGACUGUUAUGUAAAGCUUCUUAUGUUCAGCAACACUCAUCCCCUGUGCUCAUAAAAUCCUGCAAGUGCUCUGUCCAGCAGUGUGGUGUAUCAUGUUCCUGGUUUUAUUGCUGCAGCUUUCAUUCACAGUAUUCUUUACAUCCCCCUGCUUUUGCUCAGUUAUUAAUUCCCCACUAGAUCCAUGUGGGGCAGCUUGUCACUUCUGGGUAUUUCUCACAGCCAUGCAUAGCCUUGUGUUUCAGUGUUUUUUCUUUUUCCCUCCCCUUCUCCGGUUUUCCUUGUUUACGGUUCCCAUGUUUGUACCCAGGUUGGGCAUAUUCUGCAUAUUUAGACGUUUAUCUCCGUGCAUUUGUUAUAGUUGUCCUUGGCUACCUCAUGGUCAGGCGUUUUCUCUUAAUCCUUCGCUUGUUUUUUGCUGUUUGUCUGAUCUAUUUGAGUAAAGCACCAAGUUACAAUGAUGCCCUAACUGCCCAGUGUGAUUGUUAUUGGCAUUGAAUUAAGCAUUCUCACCUGUUCAAUUUAUUGAAAACAGUGAUUUUUUUUUAAGCUCGAAAAUAAGUUUCCUCCUCAGGUAGUUCUUGCCUGUGAAUUCCUUAGUUUGUGCUGGUGUCUGGUGUCUCCUCUCAAAGGAGAAGAAUAAAAAUAUACAGUUUC